CAGUUUUAAGUAGGCUGUAAGUUUUGUGUUGCUCAGACUGCUCGUUCAAAGGCUGGCCUACUACAUAACAUUAGCUACGCCAAGAGGCUCGCUUCAAGCAGCAUAUAAGCAAAAGCGAAAAUCUGACCAAACGUCACAUUUUACCGAGUAAGCAGCACUGCCCCGUGAUCUAUCACUUGACUUCGCGGCAAGCCUAUUAGCGGUUAUACUUGGCAUUAGAGUUUGCUUGCUAGCACCCAACCUAGUACCAAGUAAUUGGCUCCGACUUGUUAUCAGUGUUAGACUUCAAACGGAUUCAUAACCCACCCCUUUGGAUUCAGAGUAAGACAGCUUUCACUUCAUCAGCGCUGGCAUAUAAACUGCCUUCACCAUGGCUGCUGCUGCUGCUGCUGCCACCACCACCGCUUCAUCUUCCACCCAGGGGAGCCUUCGUGAGGACCUGACCUGUGCCAUAUGCUGUGACCUGUUCAGGGAGCCUGUGAUGCUGGCCUGCAUGCACCACUUCUGCAAGGCCUGCAUCUCCAGGUACUGGAGAGGAGUCCAGGGGCCGGUGACUUGCCCACAGUGCCGCAGGGUGUUCAGCACAAAACAUUUUCAGACCAAUUACCUGGUGGUAGCCAUGGUGGAAAAAGUUAGGGCCAGCAGCUCAGACACUUACAUCAAGGAUCUAGAGAAACAACUGAAAGAUACUUUGGAGAGCCAUCGCCUAAAGAAGGAGGAGUACAUCAAUCUUAUUCGCAAAGACAAAGAGAAGAUGGAUGCCAUAAAGAGAGUUGGAGCAGAGCUGCAGGCUCGUGUCCAAGGGGAAUUCAGAGCUUUGCAGCAGUUCCUGCAGGAUGAGGAGGCUUGCGUGCUGGAGCAGCUAAGGAAGGAGCAGGAGGAGGUGCUGGAGCAGCUCCAGCGCCACCUGGAGGCCAGUAAGGAGGCUGUGAAGGAGCUGGAACAGAAUAUGAAAGUCCUCCAGCAGGCCAGCAUUGCCACUGAUAACGGUGUUUUGGUCGAGCUCCCACAGCUAAGCAGACCGUGUGUACGAGUUGAUACGCCACCAGAGCUCGAUAUAAAUGCUUUCAACAGCAAAUACAUAGCCCCCUUACAGUACAUCACAUGGAGAAAGAUGUUCAAGUCUUUAAAGCCAGGUCUUGCCCCAUUAACUUUUGAUGUUGACACAGCGCACCCAAGCAUUUCCGUCUCCAGGGACAAAACCGUGGCAGUCGAAUAUGACAGCAUGACCUCGUACAAGCCCCACCCCAAGCGCUUCCUCCAGUGUGUCAACAUUCUGGCCGCCCAGGGUUUCCAGUCAGGCCGACACUACUGGGAAAUAGCGGUGGGCUCCAAACCGAAGUGGGACCUGGGAGUGGCAUUGGAGGGAGUGGACAGGCAUACACGAAUCAAGCUGAGCCCUGAGAGCGGCUACUGGACCUUACGGCUGCGUAAUGGGAACGAGUACUCAGCCGGCACCCAGCCCUGGACCAGGCUGCAGCUUGGUUCUUGCCCCCAGAGGAUUGGGGUUUUCCUGGACUGUGAGGAGAGGAGAGUGUCCUUCUACAACGCCGACGACAUGAGUCUACUGUACUCGUUUGCCAGUGGGCCUAGGGGCAAAGUUUUCCCCUUUUUCAGCCCUUGCAUUAGUGACACCAGUCAGAGACCUCAGCCGAUCCAGCUCAUUCAUUACCCUACUGCCGUUUUGUCUGGCUGACACGGCUGCAGUCAAUAAAAGCCAAAUGCUGUCCAAGUUCUGUUUGACCAAAGAGUUUUAUCGACAAGCCAUUGAAGGACAGUACUGCUAUUGUUGGCGUUAGGGUCCAAUAUUAUUCUUGCCUAGAUGAGGUUAAAAAUUCAGAUCGUUGCUUGGUGUCUUAUUCUGUUAAAAUAUUUGGUUACUGCGUUUUUAGGGACUGGUCAUUGCUGUACCCUUCUUGAACUCUGAAUACCUUAAAAAGCUACAGAAAUCACUGUUAUAUUAAAUGUUAUGCUUAGCUUUGUAGUAUCAGUUUUUUUUUUCUGGAAAAUGGAAAAAUAAUCUCUAUUGUACUGUGAUAUGGUGUCCUGAAGUGGCUGAUACUCAGAAUUUGCAUUAUGUGAAAAUGCAACGGGUACAUUUUAGUAAAAACAUUUAAACACUGUUGAA